AGGGAAGGUGCUUUUGAUACAUAUAUUAUGCUUGAAAGAAGAGAUAUAUCCUUGAUGUUUACUGUUUCAUUUGUUAUGGCCAUGUGUUGAAUGCAAAUUUUACCAUCAAUGAUGGUUGCAAGUUAUUGAGUGAAUGGUGUUAUGCGCAUACAUAGAAAAUCUUGUUAAAAUUGGAAAUGUUCGAAUGCAUCUAUUCCUUCUUUUGUUCACAUUUAGCAUAUAUGUUCAUGCAGAGAAAUCAAUGAAGUUGGCUUUGAAUAACAUCUUGCUUGGUAAGAACAAAUUUUCCAUGGUUUGUAGUAAAGAUAAAUGUAAUCAACAUGUUUGUUAACACUUUGUUAGAGCUUUGCUAAACCCAACCAUGAGAUAGUAAUGUUUGUCAUCAAGAAGAGAUACUAUAUCUCGCAAGUUAUGAUCAAAUUAGCACGCUUGUUAUACACACUUACGUUUCAAUGUUUAGUUUGACGCGAAGCAUGUAAUAAGGGUAAAAUCCCAUCCUACAGAUCUACAUUUAUAUCUUUUGGAAGGAAAUAUUCUUUGAACAUAUCUUUCCAUCUAAGAUUGAUUUUUAGGUUUCUUUUUCGAAGUACAGGAAAUAAAUUGAACUUGGUAUUAUAUUCCAUUUUUCUAGAAAGAAUUAAAGUUGCAAUGUGUGGUAUGAAAUAACUUUGAUUUGAAGAGAUUAUUUUUGUUGAAAUUCAUUUGCCGCCAUUGUAUCAUUACUUCAUGUAUAAUGUUUGAAGGCAUGUUUUAUACUGUGAUGAAAGAGUUUGCAAUUAUGCUAAGUAGCUUUGCUUGCAUUACAUUUCAACUAUGAAUGCAAAGUUGUGUAGUUUAUAUUAGAAGAUGGCAUGACCUUUACAAAGGGAGUGAAGUUGCUUUGAUUCUUUUUCCCUCAAUCACAUUGAGCAAGCCAGGUCCUCAGGUAUUUAUGAUUUUUGGAAUUCCAGGAUUUAAUAAAUCCUUUAAAUCUGAAUUUAGUAAAUCCUAAGGGUGUUAAAUCCUGAAAAUUGUUUGUUAUGCCAAAUGAUAAAUCCUGUCAAAUCCUGAGAAAUUGUUUGGUAACAUAUUUCAGGAUUUAUGAAAGUUAGGAAUUUAAAUUUUAAGGAGAUAAUUAUAAAUUCAAGAUAAUUGCAUAAAACAUUAUAAAACCAACUUGAGUUCAUACAAUAUUACUGAAAAUUUAAUAAAGAGCAAAUGAAAAACUAAUAUUGACCAAAACAAAGAUGAACUUUUAAAUAAGAGUAAACUUCAAUUUUCCAGUUGACUUCAUAUAUGUUGCAUGUGGAGAAAAAUUUUGUCACGAUGAUCAAUUUUUUGGCUUGCAAUCUGAAAUAAAUAAAUCAAGAAAUUUUUAUAAAAUAUAAUGUAGUUAGAAGUAUACAAUGCAAAUCAAAAUUCUUACCCGAGCAUUCCAUAAAUCAAUGGCGAUAUUGUGCCUUAUAUCUUCACCAUACAUUUUUUUUCUUAUUGUCGCAUGUAAAUUGGGAUCCUCAUCAGACAUUUCAACUUGGCCACCUUAAGCAUCAUGUUGCAUUUCCGUCUGUGACAUAUUGAAGCAGAGAUCAUGUCCGUGGUACCGAUCAAUGAAGUUGUGUAGAAUUGCACAUGCAAUGACUAUAUCUUCUUGAACAUACAAUAGAAACUGUCGCAUGUGCGUCAAAACCUGAAAAUAUUCCUUUCAAAUCUCAAAAGUUUGUUCAACCACAUUGCUUAGUUAUGCGUGCCGGUGAUUGAAUAACUCUUGCUCAAUAAUGUAUUGCCUAGAUGUACUUCAACGAUAAUCGCCUAAGUGAUAUUGAGAUUCGUGAAACAGUGCAAUCAAUUUAUCAGUAUUAGCAUAACCUGAAUCAACCAAGUAAUAUCUACCGUGGGGCACUUUAAACUGACCUUGCUCCACCAUCCAUCUAAGAACAUGCAUGUUUGCAGCAGAUCCCUCCCAUCCAGAGGCUAUAUAUACGAAUUAUCGUUCAAAUGACACCGCAACCAUUACAUUAUGUGAAGUAAAUCCUUUUGAUUACAAUAACAAUCUUGUAAAUUAUUAUUGAUUACUGUCAGAAUAUAUGUACCAUCUAUCGCUCCAACUGCAUUUUUGAAGAAUGUAUAAAAUUGUUUAUUUGCAUCACAAAUGGAUGACUAUCAACACCUAUUGGAGGUAAGCUUAUAAAUUCGUCUGCCAAAGGCAUGAUAGCCCGUAGUACCUGAUUGAAGUAACUGCUCACAGUUUCUAAUGAAUGAUCGAAGAACUCAUAUAAUUGUCUAUAGCUAUGCGCAUGUGCUACCCCGAAUUAGAAUAUGCCUAGUUGUUCGGCUGCAAGCAUAUUAUUCAUGUCGAAUAGACGACCUUGGCCUACUAGCAAGUCCCGUAAGCUUAUGAAUGCAUCAGGUGGCAUUCUAAAGCACUGGUAGGCUUGUCCUGAAUGAUCAGAUAACAGAUCCAACACUUAUUGAUGACCAAUAUAUGCUCUAUCAAACAUUGGUCGUCAGAUAGGCUCUUUGUCAUUUGUGUUCUCAAUUUCCUCUAGAAUACCCGAGGCAACUUCUACAAUGGUAUUCGUCACCUGUAUAUGCAAAUCGACCAUCUCGCAUAGGCCAUCAGGAAUAACACCACGCAUGUAGUUCGACAUUGGCUAGAUUAAUUGCAAUAAAAUACAAUUUAAUUAAUACCUACUAAAGACAUGUAACAUCAAUCCAUGAGUCAUAAGUCAUAACAUGAUAUAACAUAAUAAAGAAAAUUAACACCUCAAAAAAAUUAUGUUAACUUAACUGUGCUUACGUUUGGACUUUGCUUGCAGUAGGUUGUCAGGAAUACAUCUAACAGAAUUCAAUAUUUAAAGUUAAUUAUAAUUAAUUAGAAUGAACACAAUAAAAUGUUGUAAAACCUUUUAAAAGAGCAGUCUAGAUUGCUUGUUCUCAGCCAAAGUUAGUAUCACUUUACAAGAUUGCUUGUAACAAGCCAAAAUUGUUCUUAAAAGGUACAUAUGGAAUCCAAAGAAGUUUUGAAAUUUCCCUUAAUUAUUUGAAUGAAAUUUGAAGAAACAGGAUCAGAAAUAAAAAAUUUUCCUAAAACAACACUUCUUAUUUCAAUGACCUAGUAGCACAAAUAUCCAGGAGGAAAUCUUGCAACAACUCUACUUAUUUGAAAUGACCAAAUAACACAAACAUACAAAUAAUAUCCAAAUUUUCCUACAACAGCUCUUCUUAUUUGAAAUGACCAAAUAAGAAGAAAUAAGCAGAUAAUCCUUAAAUUUGUAAUUAAAUUUCAGGAAGUAUUUUCAUGGAUUAUAUACCCUUUCUUGCUUCACAAACUGUCCAAUCAAGAUCAAACUCCCUAUUUUUUAGAUAGAUGACAUUAGAUGACUCGUUGCUCAUGGAUUCAAAAUUUUCUUUGCCAAACCUGGUGCAAAACAUUCGCUUUAUUCUGGUUUUAUUUAGUCUAAUCAUCGUAUGACCAAGUAAUUAUUUUUGCAUUAACCAUAACAAACACCAUAUUGCUAUGCGAUACUUCAAAUUGAGUAGCAUGGUGAUCUUUACAAAUUAAACUGAACAAAAUGACAUUAGUUAUUAUCUCUGUUUAAAAUUGCGCAAUGAGAGGUGCGCCUUUGCGCAAUUCCUCCCAAAAACGCCUCAUAGCCUACGCAAUUUUGGUCUUGCAAGAGGCGUACGCCUCACAGGGGCUGAGGCGCGUCUCAGAGGCGCAAUUGCGCAAUUCCUUGUGAGGCGUACGCAAUUCUGGGUAGGGUCCACUCACUUAAAAUGAGGUCUUUUUAUCUCUUUCACCCGUCUCCUUCAGCCAAACCCGAUUUUUUCUCCCUCCCGCACGCUCCAGGUCGCGAAAACAGCUUACGCACGCCGGUUGUCCAGGUAGUGACUGAUAAUGCCAGUGCAUACAAAGCAGCUGGUCAGAUGUUGAUGGAGAAGAGGACACACCUCUAUUGGACACCUUGUAUUGAUCUCAUAUUGGAGGAUCUUGGUGACUUACCUCAGCACAAGAGUGCUCUUGCUAGGGCGAAGAAGAUUACAAAAUUCAUCUACAAUCACUCUUAGGUCUUAAGCUUAAUGAGAAAAUUUUCAAAGCAAGAAAUCAUUCGACCUGCAACCACUAGGUAUGUUCAUAUUUUUUACAUUGUAAAUCAUUCCAACUGUAUGUUCAUAGUUUUAACAUUUGGGCACUGUGAAUCUAUAGGUUUGCCACCUCCUAUUUGACACUGCAGAGCUUGAUGGAGGUGAGGCAACCUUUGGAAGCCAUGUUUACAUCAACUGAAUGGCUAAACUCUGCUUGGGGGAAGAAGAGCGAGGGAAAGGAGAUAAGAAAGAUAAUUCUGAAUGAUAAAUUUUGGGCUACUGUGACCCAUGCUAUUUUGAGCACGAGCCCUUAGUGCAAGUCCUACGCUUAGUUGAUGCAGAGAAAAAACCAGCUAUGGGUUUUAUUUAUAAUGCUAUGGAUGAGGCCAAGGAGUUGAUUGCACAUAACUUGGGAGGAGAGGAGGCAAGUUACAAGGAGAUUUGGGAUAUCGUUGAUGCUCGGUGGGAGGUGCAGUUACACCGACAUCUACAUGCAGCUGCAUAUUAUCUUAACCCUCAAUUUCAAUAUUCAGAGAAAAAAUCUUCAAAUCCGGAGAUUAAGCUAGGUCUAUAUCACUGUAUGGAGAGAUUAAUACCGGAGCAGGCAGAUAGGGAGCUUGCAGAUUUACAGCUGGUUCUGUUCCGGAAUAAAGAGGGUUUUUUUGGUUUGAAUGCAGCAAAAACUACCAUUUCUAAACGGUCUCCAGUUGAAUGGUGGAUCCAAUUUGGUGAUUCCACCCCUGAGCUACAGAGUUUUGCUGUGAGAGUGUUGGGCCUCACUUGUUCUUCUUCUGGGUGUGAGCGAAAUUGGAGUACAUAUAGUCAAGUGCAAACAAAGAGAAGAAAUCGACUAUCUACACUCAGAAUGAACUCCCUCGUAUACAUAAUGCACAACAAGAGGUUAAGAGAUAGGAGGUUGAGGAAUAAGGGGUUGAAAGAUGAUGAGGACCCGUUGGUGUGUGAUGAUCUGUCGUCUGAUAAUGAGUGGUUCAUAGAUGAUGAGGCAGAUUUAUCAUUAUCAGACUUACAGGUAGAAGAUCUAAAUGUGGAUGUAUUGAGGGGCGAAGCAGAUCAAACGGGUACAUCCACUAGUACCACACCACACACAUCUACUAGCUCUGCAAGUAAAGGGAAGAGAAAAGUGAGUCAUGUUGAAGAUGAAGAUGACAUGGCAUUCAUAGAUACAAUUGGAGAAGAAGAUUCACUUGAAGACUGAUAUUUUGUGAUGGGAUAUGACUUCAUUUUAUGUGUUUUUUGUAUUUUGGGAGUUUUGAUAAACUGAUAUUUUGUGUUUUUGUACUUUGGGACAUAAUUUUAUUGCAUCUACUUUCUUAUUUUCCA